AAACUUGAUCUUUUUUCUUGCGUCCGGAUGUUUCUGUCAGGUUCUCAGUGUAGUCAUUUCCGCAGAUUAUUUCAUGUUUUUCUGUAAUGGAGCUGUCAUUGUGUUUAUACAUCAGUUACUUUUUUUUCUGUGCUAGUGUUAUAUGAAUUGACUGACAUCCUGCUUUUUUUUAAUUUUUAAAUUUCUUUAAUUUUUUAACACCUACCACCUAAUCGACGAAAUCUGCCAGUCUUAUACCCACUUUAAUUAACAAAAAGGACAAUAUGACCACCUUUAUGCAAGCAACUCAUUCAAGCCGUUUCGGAUUCACGGUUGAGACACGUUAAGAAAAACGCAAGUGUUUUUCCUGAUGUGUAGAAUUUGAGACACAGCUGUAGGGAAAACCUCAGUGUAUUGAUUUUACAUUAUGGCAGAUGCUCUUGACGUCAGGCUUUUGUGCAGGUUAAUAUAGAGAGCGUUCCCAUGAUAGGACAAGUGAUGUCUCACGCAGGGGGUUGUAUCGAACCUCAGGUCCUGUUGUUAAAGAAGGACAUAAAUAGAGGAGUAGAGAACUGGACCGUUCAGAUUUGUUUAGAUCUUCCGAUCAAAACCGAUUCUUGAUCCAACAAAAAUGAUAACAAGAAUGUGGAUUUUAUGGACCUGCACAGUGAUAUUUUUACUGGUGAGAGAGUGUCAUUGCAUUCAAAAGACUACGUUAUCUAAGAACUGGGGACCACAGUCAAUGCUUUACCUGAAGGGAAAACAUGGAAGACGGUUUGUUCCGGACAUUGAUGACAUUAUUUCAAGUUCAGGGUUGAAAAGCUGGUACGCAGUUCUCAAAGGGUUUCAGAAACUGAAGUCGCUGAAUGCAAGAAAACAAUCAGGGUGGUUCACAACGCAGAACUUUGUUAUCCGUUAAUGGAAGUGAAAGGUUAACCUGGCUAACAGGGUACGUUCUCAGAACUUGGCUAACGUUCUUGCAAGGUUCUCUCAAAGUUUUAACAAACACUCUUCCAGUAACAUUUACAUGUUCAUAGCAAAAUUGUUAUUUGUACAUUGUUAAUGCGCAGUUUUCCUGAAACAUU